AACGGGAGCACACUUGCCUCCAGGGCAAACAUCAGAAAGGGGUUUCUGACACUGGCCUUUUUGUUUUGCUACCCUCUUUCGAGCUUCCCCUCUCUUGCCGUUCAUCCAAACUUUCUCUUGACUUUUUUUUACCCCGAUCUUGUAACAAGGGAGAGCCAAUAGAGACCACUAUGUCCGGCCGUAGUAGCUCGUUCCGUUCCCGCUCCCACUUCAGCAGCCAGUCGUACACCCCCGGCUCGUCCAUGCAACGGGUCAGCAUGGUCCGGAGUGGCCCGUUGCUGGGCAUGAGCGCCCAGCGACUGGGCAACGUACCCAGCCUGGUCAAAAUACCCGCCGAGAACCCCCGCUUCGAGGGCGGCCAGGCCUUCCAGGAGCUCCGUAUGCGCGAGAAGGAACAGAUCAAAGGGCUGAAUAACCAGUUCGCCUCUUUCAUUGACAAGGUGCGGUCACUGGAGCACCGCAACAAGCAGUUGGAAAUGCACUGGAAACUGCUGCAUGAGAAAGGUGUGCGUAGCUCCAACAUUGACAGCCUCUUCCAAGUUUACUCCAACAACCUCAAGCAGCAGAUCGACUCCCUAGCCCAGGAAAAGCUUCGCCUGCAAUCCGAACUGGAAGGCAUGCAGGGAAUGGUGGAAGAUUACAAGACCAAGUAUGAAGACGAAAUCAAUUUGCGUACAGAAAGGGAGAAUGAAUUUGUCAUGAUCAAGAAGGAUGUCGAUGAAAGUUAUCUCAACAAGGUGGAACUGGAGGCUAAACUGGAGAGCCUUACUGAUGAAAUCAAUUUCCUGAAGGAUAUAUUUGACGAGGAGAUCCAUGAUCUGCAGGCCCAGAUCAAGAACACUGCUGUUACUCUGGAGGUUGACACGAGCCGUAAACUGGACCUCUCCAGUAUCCUCAAUGAUGUCCGCUCUCAAUAUGAAGGAAUGGUGGUUAAAAUGCGCCAAGAUACUGUGGCCUCAUGGGAAAGCAAGUUCAGCGACAUGAAGAAAAAUUCUGGAAAGCAUGCAGACGAUCUCCGCAUAAUGAAGACUGAGAUUUCAGACAUGCAAAGACAAGUUGGGCGACUUAAUUCUGAAAUCCAGGCUCUGAACAAACAAAAAGAGCAGCUAGAGGCAGCCAUUGUCGAAGCAGAGGGCCGUGGAGAGCUGGCCCUUUCAGAAGCUAAGAAGAGGAUCACUGAAUUGCACGAAGCCAUAGAGAAGGCUAAUAAGGAGAUGAUCUGCCAGGUACGAGAGUACCAGGACCUGAUGAACACUAAGCUUGCCCUGGACAUCGAAAUUGCCACUUACAAAAAAUUGCUGGAAGGCGAAGAGAACAGGCUGUCAACCCCAGUGAAUGUCACCUAUCAUCAUUCAGUCAAAACAGGUUAUGGACAUCCACAUCUCCAGCUCGAGAGCUUGAACCGUGGUGGGCUGGAAACAAGUGGAGUGAGCAAAUCCCUCAUUGUCAAGACCAUCGAAACCAAGGAUGGAAGAACACUCUCUGAGUCCCCCUUUUAUCCAAGAAAGUGAAAGCUUUGUGUUUUAGAGAAAGAUAUGUCUUAACAUUUCAAUCAUUUUCAAUUUCUUGAAUUUCAACUUUUCUUGGUUAAAAUGUAUCUUAAGUCAUCAUCAAAUGUCCUUUAAAGGACCUUGAGAAUAAGGAAGAAUGAAGGAUUUUGUACCAUUCAUGGUAUCAAACAUGAAAUAAAAUUUGACGAAACA